UUCCUACAGGCGGUCAAAGACGCCGAUCUGUUUGUGUGGUUCCGAAUCGGGCCAUACAUUGACGCCGAGUGGGAAUUGGGAGGAUUCCCCGCGUGGCUCAUACGCGACCCACACAUGCGGCUCAAGACUAACUACGGGCCAUACCUGACGGCAGUGGAGGCCUAUUUCAAGCGUGUGUUGGCUCUAAUCAAUGAGUUCCAGUUCCAAAAGGGCGGACCCAUUAUAGCCCUGCAGUUUGAGAACGAGUUCGGGGGUAUUCGUAGCGCUGGUGACCGACAAUACUUCGAUCUCAUGAGGAAUACUAUUAUCAACAGUGGUUUUAAAGAGUUGCUCACAAACUGCGACUCCCAGGAGACACCCCUAACGGCACUCAAGACCAUACAAAAGGAUGUUUUGGAAACAAUCAAUUUCAACAGCAGAUCGUUGAAACUAUUGACCGAGCUCCGUCAGGCGCAACCUAAUAAGCCAUUGUACGUGUCUGAGUUUUGGCCAGGGUGGUUUGAUGAAUGGGGCGGCAAACACGCCUAUUAUAGCGUUAAGACAUUCGAACAACAGGUGACUGACGUUAUAUUCAACGCCAACUCAUCCAUCAAUUUCUACAUGUUUUUCGGCGGCACUAACUUUGGGUUCAUGAAUGGCGGUCCAAAUCUGGUGACUAGUUAUGACUAUAACGCACCCAUUUCUGAAUCAGGCAAUUAUACGGAUAAGUAUUGGAAGACAAAGGAAUUGAUAGAAAAGUUUAACAAAGAGAGGAGUCAACCAAAACUACUGAUACCUAAACCUCCGGAACUAAUCAAACCCAAGGCUUACGGAAAGGUUAAAGUCGUUGACUAUCUGUCUCUGGAGGACGUGUUGAGCAAAAUCAAGCCAAUCGUCACCGAAAAGCCAACGCAUAUGGAGUUAUUGAAUUUGGGACCAAAUUAUGGCCAAAACUAUGGUUUUAUUAAUUAUAGACUCAAAAAUUUACAAAAAUUCAAACACUUGAAACUUACCGGCGGCGCAUCUGAUCGGGCGGUUAUACUCGUAGACCACAAUCCGGUGGGACUCGUGGACAGCACUAAAGACUACGAACUGAAUGUAAAUGACUCUCAAUUUGCAAACACAACAACCCAUACGUUGGAUAUUAUUGUGGAAAAUACGGGGCGUUUGAAAAUCGGUGCGAAUAUGAAUAUCGCCCGCAAAGGUCUAAACGGAGACGUGACUAUCGACGGGAAAAUAGGGUCACAUUUUGAGACAUUUCCCAUUGAAUUGAAACAACAAUUCGUACAACAAAUGAAUGAAUUGAAGGGAAAGCCAUUCGUUGAGGGCAUCAAAAGUCCAUCACUUUAUAGGUUAUCAUUGGAUAUAAAGGAGAGUCCGAGCGAUACGUUUGUCCGAUUGGACGGCUGGACGAAAGGCAAUGUGUUUGUCAAUGGCUUCAAUGCGGGCCGUUAUUAC